ACGCAUUUCAAGUUCAAGCAAGAUCUAUUUCAUCUAGCAAAAUUCGGAGAAUAUGGCGGCUGUCUAUUGGACUUAACGCUACCAGACCCGACAAGCCGCUUUACAUGUGAUUUUAAUAAUCUACUCAGGGAUCCUGACAUGUAGUCUCCCAAGAGAAAACACUCGAGAUUAGGAGUUGUAAUGAGCGCAGCUGCGAAAGUGGCAGUCCAGGGGAUUAAUUAUUUAAUUAAAAAAACCUAACUGUCCGGGGAGAAGGAAACGACAAAAUUAAAAUUGUAUGUAAUUUAACGUGGCAGAUCAGCAGAAUUGGCACUCUGAGCAUGUCAAGAAUUGAGACACAACCCACCAAGAUUUUCUAAAUCACAAGUUAUGUUUAACACGGUGUUUGGUUGCAGGGUGAAACAGCAUGUGAAAUUCUUUUAGAUUUCGAAGACAAAAAAUAGAUGGGCGAUGGAGUAAUUCAAAUCAUGCUCUAGCAAUUGACCAAUCCUUCUGAUUACGCUUCGAGCCAGUGGUUUUAUCGCGCGGGACUUUUUAAAAAACAUAUGACCAAUCAGAAUGCUUCUUACUGUAUUUAAGGGUAACUUUGCACUUACCAGUACUCGAGUUUUUUUAGUUUUGCAAGAUGGCACGUACGAAGCAGACGGCUCGCAAGUCCACCGGCGGUAAGGCCCCGCGCAAGCAGCUGGCUACCAAGGCGGCACGUAAGAGUGCGCCGGCCACAGGUGGCGUGAAGAAGCCCCAUCGCUACCGGCCCGGCACGGUGGCGCUGCGCGAGAUCCGCCGCUACCAGAAGUCCACCGAACUGCUAAUCCGCAAGCUGCCGUUCCAGCGGCUGGUGCGCGAGAUCGCGCAGGAUUUCAAGACCGAUCUGCGCUUCCAGAGCUCGGCCGUGAUGGCGCUGCAGGAGGCGUGCGAGGCCUACCUGGUGGGGCUUUUCGAGGACACCAACCUGUGCGCCAUCCACGCUAAGCGUGUCACCAUCAUGCCCAAGGACAUUCAGCUGGCUCGCCGCAUCCGUGGGGAGAGAGCUUAAGAGAAUUGUUCCCUUAAGAUUAAAAAAAGGCUCUUUUCAGAGCCACCCACAAGUUCACUUAAAGCAGUUGUAAUCUGAUUGUAGAUUUCAAUUAUUGAAGCAUAAAGUGAAUUGCUUUAAUAGGAAAAUGUUUUUCACGUAGGCAUUUGAAUGUGAGUUGGCUUUCUAAGCUUAAGUACUUUUUUUGGUCUCCACUUGCGUUGUCUAUUACGACUGCUAAACAGCUGCAUAUCUUUUGCCUUCUUAUUUGUUGUCCUUUCGGACAUAUUUGUGGACCAAUAGCACAGUAAGCUCUUAGUUGUAUUUGAAUUAGUCAGUUUUAAUAGUACUUAGUGUUUAGUUCUCAUUUAUGUCUACUCUCAAUUCUAUAAAAUUUGGUAAAAGGAUUUAUGGGUAUAUUUUACGGAGGCCCCUGUCAUAGAUUUUAAUUCAUUGUAAUACGUGAGAUCUAGCAGCAGCAUUACUAUGCUUAAAACCCAGUAAUCCACAGCAUUCGCGUAUCCAGAAUCUAGAAUCCAGCAUCAGUCGGCCUACAAUGCAUAGCUCAGGCAAUAGGUAAUUUCAGUACUCACCACCAGAGGUACACUGAAUUAGAUGUAUGCAACAAAAAAGAUAAGAUUUGCCUAUUUGACAAAAUUCCUUUGCCUACUCAUUUUAAAAUCAGAUUUGAGAUUGAGAAAGGUAGUAACUGUAGUUCUUUAAGCCAUGCCCACUUUUUUUUUUUUGAGAGGGCAUCUCAUAUUUGAUCAAGUGGUUGUUAACAACAAUAAAAUUCAGUAUAGGGGGGGUCAAUGCUCAAUGUACAAUCAUUAAUCCA